AUGUUGUGGUUCGGCUUUAGCCCGUAUCGUAUUUCUAAAGUUGAUUUGCCUUUUAUCAAUAGUUUGGGGCCUUUUGUGAAGUCGUUUUUGAAUUCUGUCAAGCUGAAGGAUAAUGUUGUAUUUACGGCAUCCAGAAGUGCUGUUAAGGGGAGUGAGAAGGAAAAAGAUACUUUAUCCUAUGCAGCUACUGUAGACAAUGGUGAUAAGGUGGCUGUGAUUAAACCUGAGAAACUUGCUGAAGCCAAAAAAGUAUAUAGUGCAUAUUUGUAUGGGUAUUUUGUGGGGAAAGAUCUGCCAAUUGGUAUGGUGAGAUAUCAUUUGUAUAAGAUGUGGAAGAAGUUUGGGAUAAUGGACAUUUCGACUAACAACAAUGGGAUAUUCUUUUUCAAGUUCAGAAACAAGGUGGGAAUGAUUAAUGCUGUUGAAAAGGGACCUUGGUUGGUGAAUGACAUUCCUCUUUGUAUUAAGAAAUGGGAGGCGGGUAUUUGUUUGGAGAAAAUAGAGCCGUCGGUGAUUCCUUUAUGGGUUACAAUUCCUAACUUGUCGUUGGAAUUGUGGAAUUCUGAAAGUAUAUGUAGCAUGCUUAGUUGUAUUGGAAAGCCUAUCCUAUUUGAUAAGAUUACUACUGAAAGAUGUGGGUUAAAAGAAGGGCCUCCUGGGUUUGCGAGAGUGUUGGUGGAAGUGGGUGCUGAUAAUGUUUUGCCUGAGUUUGUUAAAGCGUAUUAUCCUGAAGAUGAUGGGAAUCCGGCGUUUAUUAAAGAGGUAAGGGUGGCUUAUCAGAUAAAAGUUAAAAAAUGUUCGGUAUGUAAAGUUUUUCGACAUGAUUUUGAAGCAUGUACUAAGAGAAUUUUGUCUGAGGAUGAGUUCAGUAUUAAGGCAAUGAAGUUACUGAAUGAAAUUAAAAAGGCUGGAGAUCAAACUCUUCCGGUUUCGGGGAAAGGUAAUAUGUAUAAGAGGGUUCAAGGGGGAGGAAAUAAAAUGGGUAAUGCUGGGAGUAGUGGUAGAGUGAAUAGUGGAGGGGCUAGUACUUCUGGGGUAAAAAAUGAUAAAGGGGAGAGUAUAAGUCAAAAGAGUGGUCCUAAAGGUGAGCAUGUGAAGAGUAGUACAGGUAUAAGAAAGGGUGGGGUAGGAAAUGUGGUGAAGCAGGAAUAUAGAGUCAAAUCUCAAGGAGCGGGUAAUGCUAAGAAGGGUGGUAUUAGUGGGGAGAAUAUUGUUAAAGUUGAGAAUAGAUUUGAAGUUUUGGGGAAAGAGAAUAUGGGGGGGGGGAGAUGA